GAAGCUAAGAAAAACUGCACAGUUUAUUCCUUGCUAGCGAGCUGUACGGUCCGGUUGUUUGGAAAAGAAAAUAACCAAGUGUUUAGAAACUUUUCUCCAGAGUUUAAUAAAAGAAAUUAAUAACAAACAUGUCUAAGAUCGGUAUUAACGGUUUCGGUCGCAUUGGCCGUUUGGUUUUGCGUGCUGCCGUCGAUAAGGGUGCCACAGUUGUUGCUGUUAACGAUCCCUUUAUCGAUGUCAACUACAUGGUUUACUUGUUCAAAUUCGAUUCGACCCACGGUCGUUUCAAGGGCACCGUAGCCGCCGAAGGUGGCAAAUUGGUUGUCAAUGGCAAAGCCAUCACCGUUUUCAGCGAACGCGACCCCGCCAACAUCAACUGGGCCAGCGCUGGUGCCGAAUACGUUGUAGAAUCCACUGGUGUCUUCACCACCAUCGACAAGGCCUCUGCUCAUUUCAAGGGUGGUGCCAAGAAGGUUGUCAUCUCUGCCCCAUCUGCUGAUGCUCCCAUGUUCGUAUGCGGUGUCAACUUGGAUGCCUACUCCCCCGACAUGAAGGUAGUAUCCAACGCUUCCUGCACCACCAACUGCUUGGCUCCUUUGGCCAAGGUUAUCAACGAUAACUGGGAAAUCGUUGAAGGUCUCAUGACCACUGUCCAUGCCACCACUGCCACCCAAAAGACCGUUGACGGUCCCUCUGGCAAAUUGUGGCGUGAUGGCCGUGGUGCUGCCCAAAACAUCAUUCCUGCCUCUACUGGUGCUGCCAAGGCUGUCGGCAAAGUUAUCCCUGCCUUGAACGGUAAACUCACCGGUAUGGCUUUCCGUGUCCCCACCCCCAACGUAUCUGUUGUCGAUUUGACUGUCCGUCUUGGCAAACCCGCCAGCUACGAUGCCAUCAAGGCCAAGGUUUUGGAAGCUUCCAACGGUCCCAUGAAGGGAAUCUUGGGCUACACCGAUGAAGAAGUCGUCUCCACCGAUUUCGUCAGUGACACCCACUCCUCAGUCUUUGACGCCAAGGCUGGCAUUUCUCUUAACGAUCAAUUCGUCAAGUUGAUCUCCUGGUACGACAACGAAUUCGGUUACUCCAACCGUGUCAUCGACUUGAUCAAGUACAUGCAAAGCAAGGAUUAAAUUGUAAGCCGUGAGGAGGAGAAGAACAUAAAUUCGUCUAAAUCAUAAGAACGCUACAGUAAAAUUUUAGAAAUACACGCCAAAAUUAUUUAUAACGAGAAGCAUAGAAAACAGAAGGAAGACGCACAUCAUACAGGAGCCUGAGCAUUUACUUUAUACAAAUGAAAGAAUAAGACAUUUCAAGUUUGCUGGUCAUAACCCAAGUAUGGCUUAAACUCCUCAACAACCAACCACCUCCUGAUUAUAACAUCAUAAAUUCUCAAUACUGUAUUCAAUAAUUAAUAAAUUAUAAUUAGUAGUUAUUACUCACAUUUAAAGUUGAUAAAACAAAAACCAAAAUAAAUGUUAUUUAAAACAUUAAAACAAAAACUA